GGCAGUACGGCGGCAGGGCCAUCAGACGCUGGACUGGAAGCUGGAAUAUCACCUCCCCCUUGGUUUGUGUUUCAGUAACUCGACAGCGCCAUGAUUGGGUGUGCCGUUUUCCUCCUGGCUAUACUUCUUCUUGUCUUCUGCUUUUGGCAACGUAUUCGGAGACUUCCGCUUCCGUACUACGAGGGACGUCACGUGGUUAUAACCGGAUGUGACACCGGGUUUGGAAAUAUGCUUGCAAAAGAGCUGGAUUCGAAAGGAUUUUCUGUGUUUGCAGGGUGCUUAACUAAUAAUGGAGAGGAGAAUUUAAAGAAAUCGUGUUCAAAAAAACUAAAAAUUUUUCCUUUAGAUGUGUCUGAUAUAAAGAGUAUUGAGAAGAUGUUGAAAUUUGUGACGUCACAUCUACCCGACGACGUGGGUAUAUGGUGCCUCGUUAACAACGCUGGUAUCGCAGGCAGUGUUGGUCCAAUCGACUGGCUUACAAGAAGUGAUUAUGAGAAAGUCAUGGCUAUUAACCUUUAUGGGAUGGUUGAUAUGACCAAUGCUUUUUUGCCUUUAAUAAGGAGAGAGAAAGGACGCAUCGUCAAUAUGACCAGUAUUUGCGGAAGAAUAACUCUCGCGCCGUCACCAUAUUGCGCAUCAAAAUAUGCAGCAGAAGCCUACUCCGAUUGCCUGAGGAGAGACCUUUAUAAAGAAGGGGUCACUGUUCACAUCAUAGAGCCAGGUUUUUUUGCCACCAAUAUUACAGAUCCUAAUAAAGGGAAGUCUGCCCUUCGGACAGCAUAUGAAAAAUGUGACCCGGAUGUAAGACACUAUUAUGGGGAACCAUACUUGGCGGAAUCAUUAGAAAAGGCACAGAAAUUCCUCAGUCUCGUCACGAACAAUAACUCGGGGCUGGUGGGGGAUGCCUACCUGAAUGCCGUGUGUUCGCGGUACCCCGCCCCCAGAUAUGUGGUGGGGUUUAGCGCCCAAGUGGUCUUCAGAAUCCUUUUGUCAUUACCAGAAAGUAUUUCAGAUUUUAUUUUGUGUUCAGCGCGACCGGUUCCUGUGAAUAUGGGAAAGCUGUAAUUUUUUAACGUUGUCAUUAUUUGGAAAUGCAGCUAAAAUGUUUAACUGUGAUAUUUUUAUUAUUAUUUACUAAUACACGUAUCUGUGGUAUGGUAGGGAGUUUAUUUGAAACUGAAAAAAAUUAAAAGGGUAAUAUAUUUUAGUGACAUUAUGUGGCAGUUUUGUGUAAUAUUAACACAUAUAAUAUGAAUAUAGUAAAGUCACAUCCACACAAUAAA